AUGACGACGCCAAUUAAGUUGCCCACAAAUCUACCGUACCCUAUAACGAUAGCACAGUUAUGUGCUUCAACGGGAGAUUUAGUCAAAAAGGGACAACGACUUUUUGCUUACAAGUAUUGGGAAUUUCAAGAUGUUAUCACUGCGCCUAAUGAAGAAUCUGAGAAGAAGAAGCAACGUGUAGAUUUGAUAGGAACAUUUGAUUCACCAAUUGAAGGGCGACUAGUGUCGCUCAACGUAGCCUUAGGUGAUGAGUUCGUGAAUGGUUCUCACGUAAUUGCAGAAGUCACCCAGACUUGUUCGCAUGAUGUAACUUAUGGAGGUCUUUGUGUGAUUUGCGGCAAGGCAGUUGAAGAAGACGACCAGAAUAUGCCAGAUAAUGGUUUUCUGAAUACCAAGUUAACAGUCUCCCACAAUAAUACUAAUAUAAAAGUAUCUGAGAGACAGGCAGCAACGAUCGAGAAAAGUGCUCAAAAACAGCUAAGGGAGCUAAAAAAACUUGUACUUGUAGUGGAUCUAGAUCAAACAGUGAUACAUUGUGGGGUAGAUCCUACAAUUGAAGAAUGGUCCAAAGAUCCUACAAACCCAAAUUAUGAUGCGCUUAAAAAUGUUAAGACGUUUUCAUUAGACGAAGAACCGAUACUUCCACCCUUUUAUAUGGGGCCAAAACCACCUAUAAGGAAGUGUAAAUACUAUGUGAAACUAAGGCCAGGUUUACAGGAUUUUUUUGACAAGGUCGCCCCUCACUUUGAGCUGCAUAUUUAUACAAUGGCUACUAGGGCCUACGCGUUAGAGAUCGCGAAAAUCAUUGAUCCAACAGGAAAACUAUUCGGGGAUCGGAUACUUUCUCGAGAUGAAAAUGGAUCGUUGACACAUAAAUCGCUGGAGAGAUUGUUUCCAAUGGAUCAAUCAAUGGUUGUAAUCAUCGAUGACAGGGGUGAUGUAUGGAAUUGGAGUGAGAAUUUGAUUAAGGUUAUACCUUAUAACUUUUUUGUAGGUGUGGGGGACAUCAACUCUAAUUUUCUGCCUAGACAGCAAAAUUCAAUGCUCCACCUGGGAAGAAGACACCGGAAGAAGGCCGAAGAAGAAGAACUUUUGACUGAUAUUUUGGAUAAUGAAAAGAAAUUACAGGAGAAAAUAGAUCAGGAGGUGAAGAAACAGGAAGAAAAAUUUAAUAAAAUCAAUGAGGAGAAUCAGCCCGAGAGGCCUAUCGCGAAGGAAGACUUGGCCAAGAAAUUAGAGCACAAUGCAUCGUUAGAAGUUCAACAACAAAAUAGGCCGCUGGCUGAGCUGCAGAAGCAUUUACAUAAUCAAAAGUUGUUAAUUGAUGAUGACGAUGAACUACCCCACUUGUCAGAAAUUUUGUUACGUGUGCAUGAGGAAUAUUAUAAGGAAUUGGUGAAACAGGAAACCACUCCAGAUAUUAAGAUUUUAAUGCCUCGAAUGAAGAAUAGAGUGUUUUCAAACUGUCACUUCGUCUUUUCUGGUUUAAUUCCCUUAGGCACUGACAUCAGACAGGCAGAUAUAGUUCUCUGGACAAACAUGUUUGGUGCUAAGACUGAUGCGGAUAUUGAUGAAACGACCACACAUGUAAUAACGAAGACACCAGGGACUUUCAAAGCGCGCUUAGCAAAAACUUUCAACCCGAACAUCAAAGUCAUUCAUCCAGACUGGAUCUUUGAAUGCUUAGUUAAUUGGAAGAGAGUAGAUGAAAAGCCAUACGAGCUCAUCAUUGAGCAAGCCGUUAGCGAUGAAGAGCUCCAAGACUUCAAGAAGCGGUUGAAAGAAAAGGCAAAGUUGAUGAACAAUACUAGACAGGAUUUUUCGCAAGAUAUCCAAGAGGAACCAAACUUAUUAGCAGGAAAUGACUCUUGGCUAGAUGAUGACGACGACGAGAUGGACGAAUUCUUGAAUGACGAGGAAGAAGACUUAACCGAGGAAAAGGAGAUGGUCACCGAUCGGAAAAAUGAAAAGCAGGAAAGCAUAGACCCCGUUGGAAACGGAUCGCAGCAUUUGGAAAGCAACGAUUCCGAACAUGGAAUUGGAAAGACAGAGCAUGCUGAUGAGGGAAAUACCCUAAGCAACAAGCGCUCCAUCGAUACAAGUGAUGAAACUGACGCAAAGCGUCGUCAUUUAGACACAAGUGACACUGUUGAAGAAGGAGACGAUGAUCUAGAGGCAGAACUUCUGCAUGAACUAGAAGGUUAG